AUGACGUGUUCGUCCGCCUCUCAAGGCGACGAUGACGCUGUCCAUUUUCGCCGCGUGUGCCGGCACUGGCGCGUCGCCGCGGACGCCGGCACGGCUGUGCACCGGCCAUGGUUCGUCUUGAAACCUGCUAAUGACGACGAGACUCUUCAUACUGUUCAUGCCUUAGUACAGCCCGUGGAUCGCCGCCGCUGCCACACCCAUGUCAGGCCUGUCCGUGUCGACGCCGCCGCCGCUGCCGUCAAUGGAGCAUGGCCUCCCGCCUGCGUGAGGGGCACGUCGCGCGGCUGGCUCGCCGUGAACGAGGGCGAGCGCCUCCUACUCAGGGACCCCAUCUCCCGCGCCGAGAUCCCGCUGCCUGCCUUCGACGCUGGCUACCUGCUGUUCGACGUCUUCCUCUCCGACGACCCUCUCGCCGCGCCCAGCAGCUGGACGGCGUUCGCCUUCUUCAGGUGGGACGACGUCUGUACCCACAACCCGGGAGAAGUGCUCGCCUUCUGCCGCCCCGGCGACGCCGAGUGGGCACGGGUUGAUCUGGAUGAUGACGGCCAUGGCUAUCAGGGCCAGCCGAUGCGGCUCUACCAGGGGCUCGAGUUCUUCGGGGGGCGACCCUACGUGCUCCUCGCAAAACCUAGCAGGCUCGCCGUGGCGCGGCGCGAGGAGUAUAGGUCGCCGUGGUACUGCCCAGGGCACUGCCUCGGCAGCCACUACUUCUUGAGGCGCACGAACCGGUACUUCGCCAAGGUGUUCAAGAUCGUGUUCGACGCGGACGGCGGUGGCAUGCCAGUGGCGUCGGAGGCGGUGGCGAGCACCGGGGACUACGCCGUGUUCGUGGCGCCGCAGGGCCACGCGUUCGCACUCCCGGCGAGCGGCUUCCCCGCCGUCAGGGCAGGCUGUGUCUACUUCUUUGCUAUCAACCAUACGAGGAGCGUGCAAGGGAUGGUCAUCAUUGAUCUCAAGGCGGAUCCCACGCGACGCGAUAAGAUCGUCCGGAAGCUGCCCCUCGCCGGAAACUGGCACAUACUCUCUUGGCUUUGCCCUCGCCCGGGAGUUGGACGGUCAAUCAGACCUGCCACGAUCGCUUAG